AUGAAAUGUAAUAACAAUCACAAUAAUAAUAAUAAUAAUAAUAAUAAUAAUAACUAUUACAAUGAUAAAUUGUUUUUUAGAGUAUGGAGAUCAAUUAUUAUUCGAAAAAAUAUUUUUUAUUUUUUAAACAGUACCUCCAAAAACUGCAGCUACAAUGGGACAACUAAUUUCAGGGAAAUGGCCCAAAAUAAUAAUUUCGAAAUGAUUUUGGAUAAAUUAAAAUCAAAUCACUUUAUAUAUUUCGAUUAUAGCGGUUCUAAAUUAUUACACAAAUUAUUAAACCAUAAUUCAAAUAUAUACAGUAAUCAAAUAAAUGAAAUUUAUAAAUUAUUAAAUCAAAAAAAUUAUUUUAUAACAAAUCAUUAUUUUAAUAAUUUUAAUAAUUUUAGUUAUUUAAAUUUUAAUAAUUGUGGUUUUAAUAAUAAUAAUAAUAAUAAUAAUAAUAAUGAUGAUAACAAUACCAUUGUCAAUAAUAAUAAAUUAAUAAACUCUAAAAUAAAUCAAUAUUAUAAACUAUAUACUUUAAUAGAAAUUGAAUUAAAAAAGUUAAAUAAUAAUAUUAAAAAAAUUCAAAGUUUUUAUAAAAUAAUAAUAAAAAAUUAUAACGAUUGUUUAAACAAUAAUAAUAAUUAUUAUUAUUAUAAUAAUAAAGAUAAUGAUUUAGUUCAACCAAAGAAAAAAAUAAAAUUAAACCAAAAUAAUAUUUUUAAAGAAAAAUUAAAUGAAAAUGAUAUUAAAAAUCAAAUUUAUUCAAACGAAUUGGUACCAAUAUUUACAAAUUUAAAUUUAAAUAGUUUUUUAAUACCUUUAACUAACGAAAAGGUCAGUUUUUUUCAAGAGGAGUUGGGAAUAUACAUUGGUCCAAUAAUGAACAAUAGAAAUAACAAAUAUUUUGGUGGCGAUAUUGAAAUAGAAUGUUUAUUUAACAAAAAGGUGUUAGAUGAGUGCAUAGAUAUUUUGCUAACUGAUAGAGAAAAUAGUAUAUCAUUAAUAAAAUACUAUACAAAUAAUAUUCAACACGCAACUAUAUUUAUACUUUCUCAAAUAAAGAGGUCUAGAGGUUUAAUAUAUCAACCCAGUUAUCUUAAAUUCAUAGAAUACAUAAAGAACAAUAGAAAUACAUUGGAUCUCGAGUCAUUAGUAUCUUCUGGCGAAUUGUAUUUAAUUAGUGGGGUCAGUAAUACUAAAAUGUCGAGCAGAGUUCUAUUCUUUGGUAACUAUUACAUCUACCACUGUUUAUUAAAAGAAAAUUUCAAACAAAUCGAAGUAAACGUUUUCAAUUGGAUCACCGACUCGUACAUAAACUUAUCAUUAAUUUUAGGAUUUUCAGUUUUCAAAAAAUCAAUUUCAUCAUUCAAAUUUUUCUUGAAACUCUUUGAAAGAAAAAAAAUAUUUUAUAAUACAAACGAUUAUUUCGAAGAUGUUGUAGAAGAAACGGAAAUGGCUAAUCAAAAAUCAAUUUUAUAUUUUGACAAUAUAUUUUUAAGUAAUUUAGAACCAGAAGUAAUUUCAUUUAUUUUUAAAAUUAUUAUAGUUUAUCACAGUUCAGAUUAUUUAGAAUGGUUGUUAAAUUCAAGCACACAAACAAAAGAAAAAUAUCACAAUUUUAUAAACACCAACUUCAGUACUUUAUUAGGCUACCACUUACAACAAAGAGAUGAUAUAAACAACAAGCAGCCAAACGAUGCCAAUGUAAAAAAGAUUUUAGUGUUAUUUGAACAUUUGUUUUUUAAAAAUCAAAAAGUCAUAGAUCUAGAUAUACCAUUAGCUCAAAUUCACCAAUUAUUUAUUCAACUCCUCAAAAAAUAUAAUGGAGAAAAUACAGUUUUCAAAGAAACACAACAUUGUUUUAUUAUUUCACUCUAUAAAAAAACCCUACAUUUAGAUUCAAACAACUUAAUAGAUAUUUAUAAUCAACUAAAUAAAUUAGAUAAUAACAAUACAAUUAAACAAAUAAUUAAUAAAACGAAAUAUAAUGGACCCAAUAUUUUUAUAAAAAACAUUCUAAAUUCAGUAAUAAAUAAAGAUAGUAAUUCAAUAUACAAAAUAAUAAAUUUUCUAAAUAACAACAGUAGCAGCAAUAAUAAUAAUAUCAAAUUUGGUUUUAUAGAUGACAGUUUUAAUUAUAAAUUAUUAUUUAAUAAUUUAGUAUCAAUAGAAAAAUUAUCAUUAAAAACAUUUGUUAAAAAAUCGGUAAAAAAAGGAUUGGUUUCUAGAAAUAAUGCUAUGCAGCUAAUAGAAUCAACAACAAAUAUAAAACUUUUAAAGAGUUUUAAAAAAAAAAAUUUAAUACCCAUAAAGUUUCAUUUAAAGGAUUAUUUUGAAGAGAAUCAAACUGAAUAUAAACUCCAGCAAGAUAGUUACGAACAACUUAAAACAACAUUAGGCGACAUUUGCAAUUUCAAAAAUAAAUCUCAAGAUUGGUACCAGUCCUUAGAAUACCCUUUUACUUAUCAUUCUGCUCCAAUUGGUCAGCUACCUGUAAUUCAAAUUAAUGCAAAAGGGAAUGAAAAAGAAAAGGAGGAAGAAAUAACCUUUGAAGAGCUAUUAAAAAAAGGAUACGACUAUUUAAUAGACUAUAUAGAAAAGAAUGGAAUCAAUCAAAUCAAAUCUAUACCUAGCUUGGAUCAGUUUACACUUUUAAGAAAUAUUUCAAUAGAAUGGUUCAUGCGUCUAUAUGAGCCAUUAAUUAAAUAUUAUUUCAAUGAUAAAACCGAAUGUUUAUUGAUACUACUUGUCAGUCAUAGAAAUUUAGAAAUAUUUCAAUUCUUGUGGGACCAUCAUUUAAAUAGCAAAGAGAAAAAAGAGAAAUUCCUCAUCUACCUUUUCUUUAACGUUUUCAAUUGGAUCGAAUCAAUACCACAAACUAAUCAACUCAUUGAAUAUAUUCUUAAAGAAAAUCAAGGUUAUAUUUUAAAUUUAAAUUUAGAUGAUCAAGACAUUCAAAUUAUUCACAAAAUUGCCAUUUUAAAAGCACCUCUUUCAGUAUACAAAUUGAUUAGAUCCAUUUUUACCGAAUUCAAAUUCAAAAUAGAUUACGAUAUAUUCAGAUUAAUCAUAUUUAUAAAGUAUUCAAAUGGUCGUUCGUUUAUUGACUCCUAUAGUAGAUACGAUGUUGUGGAAUAUCUUUAUGAAACCAACCAAAUCGAUAAUUUAAAGGAACUUAUAGGCCAAGAAAAUUUAGAAAAUAAAAUGGUUAUUCAAGACUUUAAAGAUUCAGAUCUAACAGAUUAUAACUCAAAAGAAUAUCCUGAUGGUUUUAUAGUAGUUUCUAAAUCAAUGUUUAUUUUAAUUCAUACAAUUAUAAAAUUACAACAAUAA